CCAGCAUAUAAUAGAGCAUAAACAUGACAUUUUAGAGCUGUUUCAUGGGCAGGCAGCAGAUUCGCUGAUAAGCAUUACUUUACAACUUUAAAAAUGUUGGCGAUUCGCGGCGCUCUCUUGGGAACUGCAAGGAACGUUCCAGCAGUUUUGGCAUGCCGCAGCAAACAUACCCUUCCCGAUCUCCCCUAUGAUUUCGGGGCCUUGGAACCGGUUAUAUGUCGAGAAAUUAUGGAGCUUCAUCACCAAAAGCAUCACAAUGCAUACGUCACAAAUUUAAAUGCCGCCGAGGAACAACUUAAGGAGGCUGUAGCAAAGAAUGAUGCCUCGAAGAUCAUCCAGUUGGGAGGUGCAAUUAAAUUUAAUGGUGGCGGUCAUAUCAAUCAUUCGAUUUUCUGGAAGAACCUGUCCCCGGACCGAUUGGACCCAUCAGCCGAGUUGAAAAAAGCCCUCGAGCGAGAUUUGGGGGGAUUGGAUAACUUCAAGAAGGAGAUGAAGGCUGCCGCAGUAGCUGUUCAGGGAUCCGGUUGGGCCUGGCUCGGUUACAACAAGAAGACUAGAACUUUACAGAUUGCUGCUUGUCCGAAUCAAGAUCCGCUGGAGGCAACUACUGGUUUGGUUCCCCUGCUAGGAAUAGACGUAUGGGAACAUGCCUACUAUCUCCAAUAUAAGAAUCUUCGUCCAAACUACGUCGAUGCCAUUUGGGAUGUCGUCAACUGGAAGGACAUUUCAGAGCGUCUAGCGAAGGCACAGUAGUUUAGGAAUUACUCGAAUGUAGUACUAUGAAGUUGCUUUUGGAAAAUGUGCUCUGUACUAAGGAUAUGAUCCAAAAUAGAGUUAUUGGCAUUUGUUUUGACAUUAGGAAA